AUGGAUGUUGACAGUGAAUUAUCCUCUGCAGAAUCAAAACCAAAAUCAACGAAAGAUAUCCUCAAUGCUACGUCGAGUAAUUCAGAGGUUGAGGAUCAUGAUGAAAUGAGGUGUUUGUUAAGACAUGUCCAGUUUGGUCGUUCACUUGUAAAUUUGGUAAAACAAGUCAGAGCGAAGACAGGUGGCUUGUCUUUAGAAACUGAACGUUUACUGCAGCAAUCUGUUAGCCUAUUGGCAUAUCCAUCACCUACAUCAAACGAUUGUCCAUUACGCGGUUUACUGGAUCCGGUGUGGCGAGAUACCAUAGCUAGCAUUAUCAACAGUGCUGUUUUAAAGGCCCAUGAUUUGCCUGCUCAACCAGCACUCGAACAUGCUCUUCGUGCUCUGCAGCGUUGUUUUCAGGAUAAGAAUUUCGUUGAAGCUCAAACAUUAGGUCACUUUCUUUUGUAUCAUCUAACACCUGCACAGAUCGCGAAAGCAGAUGAAGAGGUUGCAGCAAUGGAGGCUUCUGCACAGCACCAAACUGGGAAGCGUUUAAGGUCUUCUGCUUCACAGUCCAAUGAAAAUCAGUCCCAUGAAGUUGACGGAAACACAUCGUCCGGCUCUCGUACUACCGAAGCCAAUGGUCAUAAAGGUAUCCGUCGAAGGGCUCGUCGUCGAAUACGAAGACAAGCUGAGGGUACUGUCUCAGAAAGCCAGUCUUCUGAACACACUGAUGAAUGUAACUCUCCAGUUGAAGAAAUCAAUAAAGACGAGGAAGAGGAUGAUGAAGAUGAAGAAUGCCAUUGUGAUUCUGAUGAUGACGAUGACGAAUUUGAUAAUGAUGACGAAGAAGAUGGAGGAUCAGCUGUUCGUGGUCGCCGACCUCAUACACGUAGUAGGCAAAACGCUUCGAUUGGAGAGCAAAAUGAUGGCGAUACCUCCGAGGGAAGAGGUUCAAAUGGAGGCAAUUCUGGCAGAGUUCAUUCUAGUAAUUCUCCGAAUACUGCUUCACUGACACUACUUGAAGCUAUCCGAUCUUCACCGACUAGUUUCUGUCAAAGUAAUCGGGCUGUAUUCACUAGAUACAUUUCUCCACUCCCAGCAGAUUCUAUUGGUGCACCAAGAGUAACUAAUGUUUCAACUGCUUCGAUUCCGAAUCUUCACCGUUCAACGGGACCUAGCCAUCGUCUUACAUCGUCAACUACCUCCGCUCGAAACGACAACAAUCAACCAUGCAGACCUGAUACAGACGAUAGCCAUUUGGAUUCUGCUUUCCGAGGUAUUCUUUCUAUGUCAUAUCCUCAGCAUGCUGAGUUUCUUGCUGCUAUGGAUGAUGCUUUAAAAGCAUACGCUGGAUCCCUUUUGCUCACUGAUGAUGAACAAGCUUUCACAUCUAACCCUCAAAAUCAGCAUCCACGAGGUGACCCUCCAUCACCAGCAGGUGACGGUGCUUGCGCAUAAAUUAUUGAGAUGAAAACAAAAAACAAUAACCAUCAGCAGGGUUGUGCGUGGUGGUCUUUAAACACACUAUUCUUUCCAAUGUUUACUUACAAUGGAAUUUUAAAUACUGUCUAAUAUAUAAUGGAGUAAUCCGUUUUUGCCUCAAUAUUCCACAUUUACUCUUUAGAAUCUUGUUAUACAACUAUAUAUCUUUCUGUACAGACUAAAUAAUUCUCUUAUCAACUAGUCAAAUACUCUGUGGAUUAUUCUAUUCACAGUGAGGAGUGUUGUUUUGUUUUGCUCUCACAUCACACAUACGCAUUAGAAGUGUUUCUAUUUCCAUCCGAACGUACAGUUGGCUAGUUAGUUUGGUUAGUUGUUCUGGUUUGGCUUCUCUUUCCAAUUGUAUCGCAUCAUUCUGUCCAACUUUAAAUGGUGCUUAAAUAUAUUGAAUGUGUCGAUUAAAUCAAUCAUACACAGAGAUAUAUAUAUAUUUAUAUAAGGGGUAUAAUCCUUAUCGUUUGUUAUUCAGAUACACCGUUUCUUUGCUAACAGGUGUGUGUGUUUGUGUAUGUAACGUUUCUACGAUAAUUGUACACUUCCAGUGUAAGAUUAUUAUUAUUAUAAGAGAGGGUGGUUUUGUGUUUAGUGUUAGUUUCAAUCUACUUGUGAAUUUUCAAUCCUUUAUCUAAUUUUUAAAGUAACCCAGUAUAGGUUACAACGCAAGAGAUUGUUAAUGUAGUUGUUUGCCUAAUUAUUAGUAGAGUUUAACAGCCUAUCAUUGUAUACAUCCCACAUGUUUGUUUGAGUGUAUACAAUUAGGUUAUUUUCUCUUUUCGUUUGUUAGUCUUUCCCUUCUACAUCUUGCUCCUCCUCCUCCUCCUCCUCCUCUUCUUCUUCGUCUUCUGGACUGAUGGUUGUAAACAAAUUGUUUGUGUUGUUAAAUAAUAUACAUCAGAAUUGUGUACUGUUUUGCAUAAUUGUUUUCUCUGUUUUUGCUUUUCUUUUCCGGAGUGAAUCUUCCACUUUUUCUAAUAUAUACAUGUAUAAUUCCAUCCUACUUUGAGUUCAUUUCUUCUCUCGUGUUUGUGAAGCUUUAAAGAAGAGGAAGAAUAAGAUAAGGAAGAAGUUGGUUUGUUUGUAAAUUACUGAUUACUGCUUGACUUUUUAAUUUUGUUUCAUUCUUUCCGCUUUAAUAUUAUUAUCUUGUUCAUAAUAUCAUUUCACUGGUCCCCGCACACACAUAUACCCUACAGCGUUCCCUAUAAUAUAAUAACCAGGUUAUGUUCUUAUUCCUUUUGCCUUCUUCCUCUCCUUUUUAUUUUUCUUCGUAUUAUCUGUUAUAUAUAUAAUAUAAUGUAUAAUGCAAAAUAAAAAAAGUGUUCUUUUCACAUA